GGCUAGCCAAGGAAGGAACAUCCCUACCUGAUAGUGUCCUACCCACCUUAACGUGGAUCCGGCGCUGGGCGCGUGAGCGAGCGACCACCUCCUGGCAAACCGAGUUCCGUUGCACCGAUUGACCCACUGCAAUACGGUCCUCGUGGCCGUCCCUGCCUUCCCAGACGCUCCACCCCGUUUUCACUUCUAAAUAUUAUGAACGCGACGUCGAAGCCAGGUUAACCCAAGCCUUAACGGGCUACGGCUACCUGGCCCCUUACUUCUCUUCUCAAUUUGGGACGGCGGGCCCCGCUCGUCACUUCCAUGGCGCACCCUGUGUAUGUGAUCUAACCACCCCCAGCACCCGCACCCACGUCAUGCUGUGCUGCCCGAGACAUGCGCACGCGAGGCACCUGCUUUUCCGGAACCCCAAGCCCACCCUCCUGGAUUUACGUCGGCUUUGGCACCACCCCACUGGCCUUCAUCGCCUCAUCGCUUUCAUUUCUACCACACCCGUUUUCUCCGCCGCGGCCCUCGCGCCCCCGGACCCUGGCUGAUACGCCUUACCCUCGCGGCACUUAUGUGACCAACCCCUUUAUUUACUCAUAGUCUACACGUCGACACUUCCUCGUGCGGUUUCACUCCUGUAUU